UAGUAUUUAAUACGAGCAAAAUAUAAUUGAUCAAUUACAAAGUAGUAAUUGUAUAUCUACUGAUACUAAUCAUAAAUCGAGUGUUGUAAAAUUCCUGGUUAAUUAUUCAAUAUCAACUGACACGCAAGUGAAACUAUUGACAAGUUUAAUGCGCUAAUGUAACAUAAUGCGGAUUAUGAUUUCAAUCUAUUUAGUUGAAACUUUCACCGCGAAGAAACAUAAUCAUGAAGUUGUUCUGCCCUUCUAAUAUUUACCAAGAAUCUUGGUUACUAUUGAGUAUAACAAAAUUAUUAGGUUUAUAUCCUAUCAAAUUUUUCAGAAUUGCAUUUCCAAAUUAUUUAUAUGUAUCUAUAUUAGUGGCGCUUUAUUGGUUUUGUCAUUGGCAGUUUUUAUAUUAUAUAUUUGACAUGUUUGAUAAAUUUCGUUCUAUAAAUGACACGUUCUUACUUAGAUAUGUUCGAGUUUACUUAAAUAUACUUUCGUAUCCUAUAAUAAUAAUUUCAAGUAUGUACAAAUGCUCAAAAGUAAAAGAAGUAUUCGAACAGUUAAAUACCGUUGACGAAAGCGCAAUGUUCGUAAAUAUAGAGAUCGAUCAUUCUUUAUGUAUGAAAAAUGAUAUUGUUAGAAUAACUACUGCGAUAUUUGUAGUACUAACUUGUAAUUUAAUGGAUUACUAUGGGUUAUUGGAUAACGAUUCAGACUUUAUAUAUCUUCUUAUAUGGGUAAUUGAUAGAUUACCCGAUUUUGUUUGUGUAAUAGUAAUAUGUUCUUUUACUGUAUUUAUGUAUAAAAUUGAGAUUAGAUUUAUGCAAAUAAAUACGAUAUUAAAUAUUAUUACAAAAGGAAAACAUUUCAUUUCUAUCUCUGAGAUGUCCGAUAUGAACAAUGUUUCCAGAUAUAGAUUAUUAAAAUGGCUUCGAUUCGAAUUACACAAAACAAUGUUACUUUUAAAUGAAGCAUAUAGUUUUCGAUUCAAACUCAUGACAAUAAUAUAUAUUGGAUAUAUAUGUCUACAUGUGUGUAUCAUCUAUAACCAUACUUUUAACACAUUUUAUGCACCUGAUGUAAUACUGAGUUUUACAUGGAGUAUCACUGAUUUAAUCAAACUCGUCUACUUAAUUCAUUUAUAUGGCAAUCUAACACUAGAGGUAAUUUAA